UUCUCUGUUUGAAGUUUGCACAUGUUCUGAAGCUUUGCUUCCUAAAUCCCAUCUGUAUGCUUUACAUGAGAAGAGAAUGUCGCUUUUUCUCAGUUUCUUUCCAUAUUCAUCCAUUGGAUCUUGGAAGUCGGAAAUACCUAAACCAAUACCACUUUUUUGAUUUUGCGAUAGAGAGAGAGAUCCUCUUCAACAUACUGCUACAGUAACAGUUAGGGAUCUUUCGAACUAUGUUAUCGCAAUCAGAAUCUCCUACUUCAACAACUACCACUACAAAUUCUUCUCCAAAUCCGAAGCCUGCUUCGGAUGAGAACUCUUCAGUGGACGAUAUCGCCACGACUGUUGAAGACUCACAUCCUCCACCUUCUCAGAUCCCUCUUUCAUGGCCUCCCGAUGGGAAGAUAACUCUAGAUUGGAUCCAGGACCUCAUCUCCACCUUCGAGUGGUCGUCCAGGAACGUUGCCCCUUCGAAUUUCUCUUCCGUCUUGCCCGUCUCCGUUUUCGAUUCUCUGGUUCUUUCGGCUUCUAAGAUUCUACAUAAAGAACCUAAUUGCGUCAGAAUUGAUGUGAAAGGAGAGGACUCUAGCGUCGUUAUCGUCGGUGACGUUCAUGGGCAGUUGCAUGACGUGAUCUUCCUUUUGCGGGAUGCUGGGUUUCCCUCUGAGAAUCGCUUCUUCGUAUUUAAUGGUGAUUAUGUUGAUAGAGGAGCUUGGGGUCUUGAGACAUUCCUGCUGUUGUUGGCUUGGAAGGUCUUUUUGCCGCAUAGAGUAUUUCUCCUCCGUGGGAAUCAUGAAUCUAAAUAUUGCACAUCUGUCUAUGGAUUUGAGCAAGAGGUAAUGGCAAAAUACGGAGACCAAGGGAAACAUGUCUACCGAAAAUGUUUAGGAUCCUUUGAGGGGCUCCCAUUGUCCUCCAUUAUAGCUGGCCAAGUUUUUACCAGUCAUGGAGGGCUCUUUCGCAGCAUGGAAGCUACUCCAUCAAAGAGAACCAAGGGGAAGAAGGGUCGCAAAGUGGUCUUAAAGCCAGAUGCAAAUUCUCUCUCACUUGGUUCAUUGGAGGAAUUAUUGAAAGCAAGGAGAUCAGUUCUCGAUCCUCCAUGGGAAGGUUUGAAUUUGAUCCCUGGUGAUGUGUUGUGGUCAGACCCAUCAAUGAGCCCGGGUCUUUCUCCAAAUAAAGAGAGAGGCAUUGGUCUACUGUGGGGUCCUGACUGCACUGAAGAGUUCCUAAAGAAGUACCAAUUGAAGUUGAUUAUUAGAUCACAUGAAGGGCCUGAUGCAAGGGAAAAACGACCUGGUCUUUCAGGAAUGCAGGAAGGAUACACAGUUGAUCACGUGGUUGAGUCGGGGAUGCUAAUUACCCUUUUCAGUGCUCCUGAUUACCCACAGUUUCAGGCAACAGAGGAGAGGUAUAACAAUAAGGGGGCAUAUAUUGUGUUGGAACCCCCGGAAUUUGAUACCCCUGUCUUCCAUACUUUUGCGGCCACAAUACCAAGGCCAAAGGUGAAUGCUUAUUAUAAUUAUGAAGAUGUGAUUGAUUCAGAUGAAGAGCUGGAUUUGGCAUCGAUGUGAUUGCUUCCAUGUGGUCAACCUUAACAUGCUCAU